CGAGUGGGCGUGGCCUCACGCCAGAACGCUCUCGUCCAGACGCUCAGUGCACUGCGGAGAGGAGAACCGCACAACCGGAAAAGAUGUCUGCUCCCCCCACUCAGCUGGGGUCGCUCGCAUCCACGUCACGGCGCGGUCACGACAGUUGCCGCCGUGUCCAUUAGCGCUUCAAUGUGUUGGUGAAAUCCUUCCCCACUCCCUCCUCUUCCGUCCCGUCGCCAGCAUGGACAAGACGCCGUGUAGUCCACAUCCCGGGACCAACUCUUCCGCUUCGGACGGAGCCAACUCGUCGUCGAGGAAGCCCGGGAGGACAGGGUCGCAAAGCCCAGCCCAGUGCGGCCCCGCCGGAGGCGGACGGGGGGCUUUGCAGCAGCAGCAGCAGCAGCAGCUUCACGGUCGCCGGCGACAGCUGGAAGGAGUUCUCAGCAAAUACACCAACCUCAUCCAAGGCUGGCAGAACAGGUACUUCGUAUUAGACCCAGAUUUGGGACUGCUGCUCUAUUUUGUCAAUGAGCAAGGAAGGAGUCAGAAGCCACGAGGAUCCCUCCCCUUAAUUGGUGCCACAGUGACGGUCGGUGACGAGGCGCCGCACAUGUUCAUCGUCAGCUCAGUCAAUGGAGAGCUGUACAAACUCAGAGCCUCUGAUGCCAAAGAGCAGCGGUUUUGGAUCAAUCAACUUCAAGCGUGUGCCCGGCGACAUUCUGACUGCAGUGCUAAGGUGAGGAAGCUGAAGGGCUCAGAAGAACACCUGAGUGUAGAAGAACCAGGAGGGGGACAAGAUGUUCUGGGGUCAUCCUGUGGCCGCAACCGUAGCUUCUCCCUCCUCCCCCACCUAAAUCCGUCUUCAUCGCCGGCUUCUCAGAGGCAGCUCGGCCAUACUUCCGCGCCCGGCAACAUUGUGACGAUAACGCACCACAAGUCUCCAGCUGCAGCUCGGCGGGCCAAGAAUCAGUACCCGGGACAGCUGCAUGAGGUCAAAGAGAUGAUGUCCCAAGCUGAGGGCCAGCAAAAGAACCUCGUCCAGUCCAUUGACUUGUUACCCACCAAAGGCCCCCUCUCCUGCCUAGACCAGGACCUGCUGCUGCUCAAAGCGACCUCGGCCGCCACGCUCAGCUGCCUGGGAGAAUGUCUGAACAUUCUCCAACAAACCCAGAGCCAUAGCCAGGUGGCGUCCCAGUCUCAGGCCAGUCAGCGCAACCACACCAUCCACGGAGGCCCCACCGAGGGCGAUCCUGUGUGGACAGUACUAAAGUCCCCUUCAGGGCAGCAGCUGAAAAAUGGCGGCUUGACUCCGAUGUGCUUGAUUGAGCCCUCGCCAGGCCUCAGAGAAAGAAGCCCGUCACAUGGUGCUGAGCGAGCAGCAGGCCUGGCAGACAUCGGCCCCAGCGAGGAGGUGACGGACACGGAGGACAACGAGGAGGAGGACCUGGGGGUCCUGGACGAGCAGAGGAGCGUCAUUCUCCACCUGCUCUCCCAGCUCAAACUGGGCAUGGAUCUCACACGGGUGGUGCUGCCUACUUUUAUCCUGGAGAAGCGCUCGCUGCUGGAGAUGUACGCCAACUUCAUGGCCCACCCGGACUUGUUCCUGUCCAUCACAGCCGGCGCCACGGCCGAGGACCGCAUCAUCCGCUUUGUGGAGUACUACUUGACCUCCUUCCACGAAGGCCGCAAGGGGGCCGUGGCCAAGAAGCCCUACAACCCCGUGCUGGGGGAGACCUUCCACUGCUCCUGGGACGUCCCUCGCGACAAAGUCAAGGCCAACCAGGGGUCCGCCCGGGAGCCGGGCAGGGGCCCCAACAACGCGCAGCAGGGCGACGACCCACCGGGAGGCUGCUACAGAGUCCGCUUCGUGGGCGAGCAGGUGUCCCAUCAUCCACCCGUCUCGGCGUUUUACUGCGAGUGCUGGGAGAGGAGGGUGUGUGUCAGCGCCCACGUGUGGACCAAGAGCAAGUUCAUGGGCAUGUCUAUUGGAGUGUCCAUGGUUGGAGAAGGCGUGUUGUCUCUACUGGAGCACGAGGAGGAGUACGUCUUCUCGCUGCCGUCCGCCUACGCCCGCUCCAUCCUGACCGUGCCCUGGGUGGAGCUGGGCGGCAAAGUCUGCAUCAACUGUGCCAAGAGCGGAUACUCGGCCACGGUCACCUUCCACACGAAACCUUUCUACGGAGGCAAAGUACACAGAGUGACAGCAGAAGUGAAACACAACCUGACCAACACCACGGUGUGCAAAGCUCAGGGCGAGUGGAACGGUACGUUGGAGUUCACCUACAGCAGCGGCGAGACCAAAGUCAUCGACACCACCAAACUGUCCGUCACCAAGAAGAAGAUGCGACCGCUGGAACAACAGGGACGCACCGAGUCCAGGCGCUUGUGGAGACAUGUGACCAAGUCUCUGAAAGAUGGCAACAUGGACGAAGCCACAGAACACAAACAUGGACUAGAGGAGCAGCAGAGACAGGAAGAGAGACAGAGGGCGGCUGAAAACAAAGCUUGGACCCCCAAGUUUUUCACUAAAGAGGGAGAUGGUUGGAGCUACAACAAAGCUCUGUGGAAGCAAACCUGACACAACCACUUUUCUUCUCAUGGACACGAAAAGGACAUUUCCGAUAAACUGGAGCUGUAGACUGGUGUUGUCGCUAUGGAGACCAGCAGGAAACAAGAAAUGGUGCCAAAGGGACUGUCUACUCCUAACAAAAGGAAGACUUUGGAGCUUCUGGGACAAAAAUGUUUUCUAUAAUGUUGAUAUUAUUAGAUUGUAUUAGAGUCUUUCUAUUUUUCACUUUCUGUGCCAAGGCCUUUUUGCACACAUCAAGUCUGUCACUUUUUACAUCUUAUCAGAAAACACCAAAUGUGUAACUCUUACUUCAGUCGUUGAUAAAGCACUUUGACCACAGGAA